UUUAUGGUGUUGCAGAUUAAGCCUGGUUUGAGUGCGUAUGCACAGAAUCCACAACAGGGAGCGGAAUCUUUGAUGUCUCUUUUGGAUAAAGCGGAGAGUGUUGUUCCUCGGGAGUUUCGGCCAAAGACACCUGUUAGAGUUGGGGCAACUGCAGGUUUAAGGGCUUUGGGAGCGGAUGCUUCUGACAAGAUCUUGCAAGCGGUUCGGGAUUUGCUUAAGCUAAGAAGCACUCUAAACUCUCAGCCUGAUGCAGUAACUGUGCUGGAUGGAACACAAGAAGGUGCUUUUCAAUGGGUAUGCUUUUUAUACUUAUUAGUGAUUAUUUUUAACUUUUGAACGCAUUUAGACUAUAGGAGAAUUGACUAAUGACAAGCUUUUAGUGACAUGGAAUGGAUAGUUACAAUGCAUUGGCUCUUAAGUGAACUUCAACCUCUUUGAAAAUAUGUAGAGAAAUCUAACUAAACAAACCACGGGUAUUUAAAUGAGAAAUCUAUAGUCUAUACCAUGAAAGGCGGAAAAUUUUCCAAAUUAGCAUAAAUGCUUAACUCAUUGACAAUUUUAUGAGCUAAUUUUAAAUGGCUGUGAAGUGACAACCAUUGAUGGGCCACAUUUCACCUUCUCAGAAUGAAUUUUCACAGGCCAAAUCAAAAUCAAAAUAUGAAAAAUCUAAGGGACUAUGAUAAUAGUUUAUCCAUUAUUGUAUUUUUAAUCUAUAGAGCCAAGAUCUUUUGAUUGAUUGUCUUGAAAAACAGAGCUGACAAGUUUUCAAUAUGCUGUUUUACUGAAUCUAGCAUAAUAUGUUUUUCAUGUGAAUAAUGUCAUUAGCUGACUUAGAUCACAUUGUUAAUAUUGUCCCUUGUUUAGCAUUAGCAUACUUGAUUAGGAGUUCAGAUAGUGUACAAAUGAUUUUGGGUGUGAACUGUGAAAGCAUUGGGUCAAAUGAUCUCUGACUUUAAUAUCAGCAGUGGAAUGGUGAAAUGAUAAUUGAGACAAGUUAGCCAGAAAUGCUUCAUUUCCUUUUCCUGCCCUUUCCUUCUUUAUCUAUUUUGUUGGUUUGUUAUAUACUAGAAUCCAAUAACCGAAGUCGAGUCUGGCGAUAUACGUUCACAAGAUAAAUAUGACUGUUGGAUAUUUAACAAUUGAAACAUUGAUACUUGUUUCUCAGUGCCUUCUUUUUCUUUUCUGCAUGCUCUUUGUAUCAUAAUCAAAUGCUUUUCUUACUGCCAUAAUUACCUUAAAUUGAGUAAUUCAUUUAUUUAAAAAAAAUU